CUUCUUUAAAGUACUUAUUAGGUCUGGUUGAUUUUCUAGAGCUGAUCCAAAUUACUUCCAAGAGACACAGGCCAGAAAAAUAGCUCUGUACAGGCACCUUUUUCCUCCAUGGUAUAUAUCCUGGGUAGCUACUCUGCAGUAAUACAGCUUUGUCGUUCUGGGCAGUGUUGUUAUUCCUGCUGCAUAAUUAGCAACUAGUGAGAUCAUAGUCUGGGGAGAUUCUGGCAUUACAGAGGCAAAGCAAGAGAGGCUUCUCAUCACACAUGGCUUUGGCUCUGACAGCAUUUCUCCUGAACAAAUUCAUGUCCUUCUGGAACUUAAGUCCAAAGACAGAUAAGGAGAAAGAUUUGUACCUGGGAAGUGAACUUUAGGACUCCUUGGUUGUGUGACAGCUUAUUGAAAACACUGCCUGCCAUAUUGAUGUAACCAGAAUCAAAAUUGUCACUUCUUUUGCUAUUUGUUUUCCCCUUGCUGAUUUCUUUUCAGAGGUCAAAGAUUGUAAAGCUACAUUCUCCUUGCACAGAGGAUGAUGAUAGACCAGUAUGAGAUUAUGAAAGAUUCUGGUUGUUUUUGCUUUUAUUUUGUGUUGUGGUGAUAGGGAUUGAACUCAGAGCUUUGUGUAUGUAGGCAAGCUGUCUACCACUUACCUACAUCUGCAGCCCCAGAUUCUGGGUUUUGAAGCCAGUACAGAUUGUAAUCUUGGGACCUUUAGUACUAAAUUUGACCUUUUUAAAAGUUGGUGAGACAGUUUAUACUUGUGAAGAUCUGGGUCAAGGGUAUUCAUGACUGCCAGUACCUUCAAAAUUGAGAGCCUGGAGCAGUAUUUCCAAAGAAUCCUAAUGCAGCGGGUUAGCUGGUGGUGAGCAGAAGCUUGGGGCCAACCUGGUAGGCUCCCCAAGGAAACCCUUUGAAACCAAUGGAUGCAUUCACGGGCUCGAGUCUCAAAAGGAAGUUUGAUGAUGUGGAUGUGGGCUCAUCAGUUUCCAACUCAGAUGAUGAGAUCUCCAGCAGUGACAGUGCUGACAGCUGUGACAGCCUCAAUCCUCCUACAACUGCCAGCUUCACACCCACAUCCAUCCUGAAGCGGCAGAAGCAGCUACGGAGGAAAAAUGUCCGCUUUGACCAGGUGACGGUAUACUACUUUGCCAGACGCCAGGGUUUCACCAGUGUGCCCAGCCAGGGUGGUAGCUCUCUGGGCAUGGCCCAGCGCCACAACUCUGUACGCAGCUAUACACUCUGUGAGUUUGCACAAGAGCAGGAGGUGAACCAUCGAGAGAUUCUUCGUGAGCAUCUGAAGGAAGAGAAACUCCAUGCCAAGAAAAUGAAGCUGACCAAGAAUGGGACCGUGGAGUCGGUAGAGGCUGAUGGCCUGACACUGGAUGAUGUUUCAGAUGAAGACAUUGAUGUGGAAAAUGUGGAGGUGGAUGAUUACUUCUUCCUGCAGCCUCUUCCCACCAAAAGGCGACGGGCCCUGCUUAGGGCUUCUGGGGUUCACCGCAUUGAUGCUGAAGAGAAGCAAGAACUUCGAGCCAUCCGCCUAUCUCGGGAAGAAUGUGGUUGUGACUGUCGACUAUAUUGUGACCCAGAAGCAUGUGCCUGUAGCCAGGCUGGGAUUAAAUGCCAGGUGGAUCGCAUGUCCUUUCCGUGUGGCUGCUCCAGGGAUGGCUGUGGGAACAUGGCUGGGCGCAUUGAAUUUAAUCCAAUCCGAGUCCGGACUCAUUACCUCCACACCAUCAUGAAGCUGGAGCUAGAGAGCAAGCGGCAGGUGAGCUGCCCGGCAGCCCCAGAGGAGGAGCCCUCACCCACUGCCAGUUGCAGCCUGACAGGAGCCCAGGGCUCCGAGACACAGGACUUCCAAGAGUUCAUCGCGGAGAAUGAAACAGCAGUGAUGCACCUGCAGAGCGCAGAGGAACUGGAGCGGCUCAAGGCCGAGGAAGACUCUAGCGGUUCCAGCGCCAGCCUGGACUCAAGCAUUGAGAGCCUGGGUGUGUGCAUCCUGGAGGAGCCCCUGGCCGUUCCUGAAGAGCUGUGCCCAGGCCUCUCAGCCCCCAUUCUCAUUCAGGCUCAGCUGCCCCCAGGCUCCUCCGUCCUGUGUUUUGCUGAGAACUCAGACCACCCGUCUGCUUCCACGGUGAACAGCCCAUCCUACUUGAACAGCGGGCCCCUGGUCUACUACCAGGUGGAGCAGAGGCCAGUCUUGGGAGUGAAAGGAGAGCCUGGUACAGAAGAAGGCACAGCUUCUUUCCCCAAGGAGAAGGAUCUGAGUGUCUUUUCUCUCCCUGUUACCUCACUGGUGGCUUGCAGCCCCGCAGACCCAGAUGCCCUCUGUAAAUCAGAGGUGGGGAAAACACCCACUCUAGAAGCGCUAUUGCCCGAAGAUUGUAACUCUGAGGAGCCCGAGAAUGAAGACUUCCGCUCCUCUUGGUCCCCCUCAAGCCUCCCUUUCCACACGGACACUGAAGAAGGCUGUGGGGUGGAGAAGACCUCCCAGCAGAAUGAGGACCGACCCCCUGAAGAGUCUGCCCUAGAACUCCCUCUAGCAGUGUGAUAUGGGGGUGGAGAUACUGCCUCGCACCCAUUCUCUAUUUAUUCCCUUAUUUUAUCUAAUGCCAUUUCAAAACAAAACUGUAGAAGCAGCUGCUGCUCCCAUGUUAUUUUAUUGGGGUCUAUGGGAAAUGGGUGGGAAAGGAUUGUUUGUACAAGUAUUUUUUAAAAGGGAAACAGUACCAAGGAAACCAGCCCCAGCUUGAUGUGGGGAUAGGUUAGAGGAAGCUGCACAGUGCUGAACACUGAGCUUUCUGGGCCAUUGGAACAAAGCCGUAGGACCUCACAGGAGGAGCUGGGUAAUUCAAGCAGCUAUUUAUGUAGGGACCAGAACACGAGAAUCUGUACACAGGGCAAAAAGUCCCUGCUCUCCUGGGCUCCAGGCAGAGUGAAAGCUUAUUUCUCAGUGGUUGCUCUGAUACCCAUUUUGGUAUAUCCAGUCAUACUAUUGGAAAGGCCACCUGGUUGGAUCUAGUGAGGAGAGGCAGAAAGGUCUCUGUUUCUGUACAAAACCUCCAGGAUUUCUAAAAAUUUACCAUACCUUCCCCGGAUCCCCUAUUUGAUAAAUAAGUUAAUAUUUGACAUGUUUGGUGUUCCCUGACCUGCUCCCCAUACUGGGGAUUCUUGGUCUAUAACUUGAAUUGUUUCUUUCACAUGUUCUUAGAUAUAGAGUUAAACUUGUCUUUUUUUCCUCCAUCCUUUUUCCUUUGAAGAAAAAGUGAGAUUGGCUGGGGAUGUGGUAUAAAGAGCCUGAGGCUUCUGCCAUCGUCUUAACAUGAGCUCUGUUGUUGGGCAGCUUCCGGCUGGGCUCACCCAUCCCCUAGGAAGCCUAUAUGGAGCAUUAACUAUAUCCAAAGGAGGCUGCAGGAACAACCUGCUGUCUGGAAAGAUGACUUUAUUUGUGUCAUGCUUACUUUUUCACACAGGUUUUUUUCCCCCCUCUUUGGGAGAUCUGAGCUUUAAAUGUAAUGUAAGAUGUGGCAAUUUAAGGUCACCGACUAGUUUUUGUGUAUCCACACUCAUGGUCCUUCUUUGAUAUACAGGGUUACACAGUUCUUAUACUACUCCAGUUCAACCCCAAGAAUUGCAAAUGUUUAUUGCUGCUUGAUAAGAUAUAAAAUUGGAAUCUACCAAUUCUUAGAUGCCACGUAGAAUUUCCAGGUUCCAAAGGAUUAAGAUCUGAUUGUAACCUUUGAAAUGUAUAAAGUGGGAUUCAAAUUCAGUUCUUACCUCUGUCAAUGGUUCCUGUUCCUUUUAUGUUUAUGUUUCAAUCAAGAUCUGCUCCAUGAACAACACUGAUUUAUUUUAUGUUUUAAAAUGAAAAUGGUAGGGAGCAAAACACUAUUCUUUAGCAUCUUUAACACCAUACUUCACAUCUGGUAUGCUUUAUUAACCAGUUUAAAAACACUUCUGGUGGGCAGGGAGAGUGGGGGAGAUAAUUAUUCUUACUUAUCUUGCUCAUAAAGCCUUUUCUUGGGGGAUAGCCAGGCCCUGGUACGUUAAAGCAGCCUUCAGGUAUGUGGCAGCAGCAUUUCACUUAUAAAAUCUAAGCCUGAGGGCCUUGUAUUUAUUUAAUACAGAUAAAUAUUUUAACCCAUUCCGCCUUUCCUGUUCAUUCCUGUUUUUGCUUGGUUUUAUGUUUGGAGGGAAGGUCUUAAGUUACAUAGGUCCAUAUCUCUCCCCAUCACCCAGCCUCACAAAAUAAUUGAGUCUUAAGUACCUUCAAUCUAUAUGAUCUAGAUGCUUUUCCAAACUGAGCUGCACUCCCCCACCUUAGACUGGAACCAUGGAACCCAAGACUGAAGCUUACUUGGGAUUUUAGUUCUAUGGAAAAAAAUAUUUUCUCAAGUUUGUUAGGAGAGGGAGAGCUCUAUAGACUCCCUCCGUAGGAAGCCUCCUGCUUAAUUUAGGAAGUGGAUUCCAACAGCUCGCUAAGAAAUACAUUAGCCUUUGGGAUCAAAUGAAUUUAAAUUUGUUAUUAUUAAACUCAUUGCCAAUCCAUAAGGUAAGAUACAUGAUAUUUCUACAAAACUCUAGUUUCUUAAUCUAAGUCCAUCCCUUUAUUAACUCUACAAUUCUGAUUCACGCUGACCCCAAACUUCUGAAUGCUAAAUAUUAACAUUUAGCAUUAACUGUUGUCAAGCAAAGGGCCUUUUCUACAGUCUAGUCCAUCUCACUUCUGGUGCUACCCGAGUUGGACAAAAUUAUAGCUCAUGGUUGCUAGGAGAGCUAGGCCUCUGAUCAUAGAAGCAGAUUGCUUCAAUCCCACUUAGUCUUGGCCUUGAUUAAAAAAAAAAAAUGAUUCUUAUUAACAUAAUUCUUAUUUUCCAGUUUCCUUUCUCACAUACUGUAUACAGGUAGUAUUUUCAAUGUGAAUCCAAAGCUCGUCUGGUUCUCUGAAAACAAUUUUCCCCCUUUAGGUUCUUUACAUUGUGAUAAUGCUGUAUUUAAAGAGAAUAUUUAAAUGUAAUAUUAAAGAAAUAUUCAAAAGAA